AUGAAGAAAAAGGCAAGGAAAAAGCAAAGGUUGAUGAAGAAAAAGAAAAAGAAGCUGAGGAAGAAAAAAAAAGCUGAGAAAGAAGCAGGAUGUGAAGAAAAAGAAGAAGCUGAGGAAGAAAAGAAAGUUGAGGAAAAAACAACUGUUGCAGGUGAAGAAAAAGAAGCUGAGGAAGAAAAGAAAGCUGAAGAAGCAGCAGUUGCUGCAGAUGCUGAAAAAGAAGGAGAACAAGGUGAGAAUGAAGUAGCAGUUGUAGCUAUUGAGAAAAAAGGAGAUAAAGAUGAAUAUGGAAAGGAAGAAGCAGUAGAUAAAGAAGAAGGAGAACAGAAAAAAGAAAAAGAAAAAGUAGACCAAAAAGAUGUGGUCAUGAAUAUCGGUGAUGAAAUCAACGGUAACAUUUGUGUUGAUGAGGAACAUAGGAAAAAAGACAUUUGA